UAUCGCCAAGACCAUCGAGAAAUAUUCAUUCGGAUAACAACACCACUCCAGAUGUCGAAUGCUUUUUGGAACAUGAAACUAAGGGAGGACAAAGUGCAAGAAUUUAAAAGUUUCAUUCAUGAGCAGGAGCGAGAUACGCAGGAUAUCUUGCUAACGUUGAAGACCACUCCGCGUUCAAUGCAGAUACUCCUGGAGAACAAAGUCAAGGAGCUGAAGGAUGAUUUUCAUAAGCAUCUGAGAUCAAGUGAGGAGGAGACAGCCAGUGAACUUAAUGAUUUGGACAAACUACUGAGGAAUGAUCUUGAUUUGUUCUCCAAGUUUUGGAAAUUGCAGUUCAUUAGAGCAUUGGAGAAACUGAAGCAGCAGAAGGUGGAAGAGUUUGAAACUUAUAUCAACGAGCAGGAGCGAGAUACGCAGGAUAUCUUGCUAACGUUGAAGACCACUCCACGUUCAAUGCAGAUACUCCUGGAGAACAAAGUCAAGGAGCUGAAGGAUGAUUUUCAUAAGCAUCUGAGAUCAAGUGAGGAGGAGACAGCCAGUGAACUUAAUGAUUUGGACAAACUACUGAGGAAUGAUCUUUACUCGUUCUCCAAGUUUUGGAACUUGCAGUUCAUUAGAGCAUUGGAGAAACUGAAGCAGCAGAAGGUGGAAGAGUUUGAAACUUAUAUCAACAAGCAGGAGCAACAUUUGUACAGUAACAAUGAGAUCUUGAGAAACACUCCAGUGUCGAUGAGGAAGCGUCUGGAAAGAAAGUCCAAAAGCGUUCUGGAGGAAUUUAAGAAGCACAUGGGAGAAAGUGGAAAGGAGCUGCUGAGAGAACUUCCUGAUCUGGAUGAUAAAUUGCAGCAAGAAACAGAAAAAUGCAUUAAGUAUUAUACCCAAAGUUUUGAGAACGAGAUAGAAAAACUAAGAGCGGAGAAGCUGAAGGAGUUCGAACAAUACGUGGAAGAGCAGGUGCAAGAUACCAGCCAAUGGUUCAACGUUUUGUGGACCUCGCCAAGUUCACUGCAAGAAAGACUGGAGAAGAAGGCCAAUGAGUUGACUGUCAGCUUUCUGCGUUGUCUGGGAGAUAGUAACGCAUACUACGACUCUACGGUUUCAGCUUGGCACAAUGAUGUGAGAAAACAUUUUCAUUCUGCAUAUGAAACAUUCAGCAAAGUUCGCGAGGGCAAAGUUUUCACGUUUGUCGUUGCUGGUACCGUUGUAGUGUGUGUAUGUGCGCUUGCCAAUAUGCCAGCACUUGCGUGUUCGUUAACUGCUCGCAUGGUAUUUCGCCGUGUUGGGCUAUUCUCAAUUCAAGGAGUGCUUUUGAGUGUAAGCCUUUCUGUUUUGCGUGCUUCGAGCAGAAUAGGGAGAAAAAAUCAGAGUCAGUGAUUAGAUUUCAAAUGACAAAUGCUCCUCAACUGUCAGGCGAAGAUGAGGACGUCACAACUGACCUGAUAUUAUGCCCAUUUCCAGAAAUGAAAACAACCACAAUUCACUGUUGAUAUGCUUUAAAUAAAAAUAACAUUUCUUCCAUACAA